AUGAUUGUUUAUUUUCAGCUUUGCUUUCAGGACAUCUUCACUGGGCGGCGUAACCAAAAGACAAAUAAUAUUAUGUCUCUUCGCGACGCCGUGUCUCAGGUCCUCGAACUGAGCUUGAAGCUGUAUCGCAGCCGCCCACGGCUCAUGGCGAGAAUUUCUUGGCCCCUUUUCAUUGCGGGGAUAGCGACCUCUGAUAGAAUUUAUCAGGACUGGGUAUCAAUACGGCUCCGUGAGCUGGGACGAUAUGGUCAGAACUACGCUCGGAUGAGCGAAAAGUACGAUGAAGUUAUCCGUGCGGGUGCCCCAAAUAUACAUCGCGUGAUAAGCACAGUUCUCGGCUCCUAA